AUGAACGUUUUCAAAGGUUAUAAAAUAAACCAAACACUUAAUAACACUCUUGUUAAUACCAAAGCCAUAAUAAGCGUUAAUAAAAAGCUAUUAUAUUGUACUACUAUAGCCACCAGUUGCAAUCCUUCCGAUGUCGAUACAUUGUCAUCUUCUACUAAUAAAUGGGAGAUUUAUAAAAAAUUGGUAGACAAGCCAAUAAUUUUUAUUCAAAACACCGGUAUUAAAAAUAUUAACAACUCUAAUAAAAAACAUUUACCAAUUUCAAAUUAUCCACCAGAGAUUUUACAAUUGGAAGAAAGAAAGGACCAAACAAAAACAAAUUUUUUUAAAAAAAUUUGGUAUAAAUCAAAAUACAUUUUAAAGAUUUAUUUAAAUAAUGGGUUGAAAUAUCAUAUACUAAAUUAUAAAAAGUAUAAGUUUCAAAACAAGAAUGGUAAUCUUGAGGAGCUAUUAAACAAUUGUACCAAACUAAUAGAAUUUCAAAGUAUAAAAUACAAACUUGAACGCCAAAAAAACACCAAAACCAUUAAGAAUAUUGAUUGCGAUGAAUAUUUUAAUGAAAUUACUAAAGAUUUGCCAGUUUCUACCAGAGAUGAUUUCCAAGCAAGGUAUCAAUAUCUUUUAAAUUACAAUAAGGUUCCCUUUUUUAUACUUUUAGCUAUACUAUUUGAAGAAAUGACCCCGAUACUUUUAUACUACAGUGAUUUUUUACAAAAAAAAGUGAUUCCAUAUAAUUGUUUGACUCCUGAAAUGUGGUCUAAGCAACAGAAAAUAAACUUACUCAAUUUCCAUGAUUACCUAGGUAUCGACUUACAAAAAAAGUCACCAUUGAAAAAUUAUAAAUCUAUAAAGAUUGCUAAAAAGGAAGCAUCUAGGACUAAAAGUGGGAAAGAUUUUUCGUUUAAAGUUAGUGAAAUGGGGUUAAAAUAUUUAUACGUUGAUGAUAUUUUAAUGUUAAAAGAAUUAACGAAUGGGGAAAAUUCUGCCGCCAGUUUAGAAAUAAAUACACAAGAUCUAAUCCAAUUUUGUUACGAUAGGUUUUUGUAUUAUUCCAAUGAAAACUUAUUAGAAAUAGCACGUACGAAUCCACAAUUUUUAUAUGAUAGGAUAUUAAAAUAUUUAUCUUUUAAAUAUGAUGAUGGAGCUUUGAUUAAUGACAAAUUUGGAUUAUGGAACGUUUAUAGUGGUUGGUAUUUUGAUAAAAAUGAUGGUAGAUAG